AUGGCCGGCUCUGACAGCCCAAGAGACCCAAAGAGGGUCUCGCCCAACGGCGAGGCCAUGCUGCACGCCUGGGUCCGGGCUCACAGAGAUUUGGGCAAAGUUUUUUUCGAUGCCAAAUGGAAAACAAUAACUGACCAAAUUAAGAAAGCUGUGGAAGUCUAUAAGCCGUGUGUAAAGGAGAAUUGCAGCUGCCACCAAAGUGUCUGGAAGCAGGACCUGGCUCCUUUUCGAGGUGGCAUUUCCAAGGAGAUAAUAUCAGAUGUGGUGAGCCGGAAGCUCGGGACACACUACCAAAUCAUUAAGAACAAAUUGUACCGUGAGCAGGACUGCUUGUUCCCUGCAAGAUGCAGUGGAGUUGAGCACUUCCUUCUGGGGAUCAUCAACCGCCUCCCUGACAUGGAAAUGGUGAUCAAUGUGCGAGACUACCCCCAGGUCCCCAAGUGGAUGAAACCCAUUAUCCCAGUCUUCUCCUUCAGUAAGACACCUGAGUACAAUGAUAUCAUGUAUCCUGCCUGGACAUUUUGGGAAGGAGGACCAGCUGUUUGGCCGAUUUACCCAACAGGUUUAGGGCGCUGGGACCUCCUGAGAGAGGACCUCAGAAGAUCUGCAGAAAAAUGGCCAUGGAUGAAAAAAAUCUCUAAAGGAUAUUUCCGAGGAUCCAGAACGAGCCCUGAGAGAGAUCCCCUCAUUCUGCUGUCCCGAGAAAACCCAGAACUUGUUGAUGCUGAGUACACUAAAAACCAGGCUUGGAAGUCUGAGAAGGACACCUUAGGAAAGCCUCCUGCAAAGGAAAUUCCACUGGUUGAUCACUGCACAUACAAGUAUCUGUUUAAUUUCCGGGGAGUGGCUGCCAGUUUCCGGUUGAAACACCUCUUCUUGUGUGGUUCACUCGUCUUUCACGUUGGAGAAGAGUGGCUGGAGUUCUUCUACCCCCAGCUGAAGCCUUGGGUCCACUACAUCCCAGUCCGAUCCGACCUCUCUAACGUCAGGGAGCUGUUGCAAUUUGUAAAGGAAAAUGAUGCCAUAGCACAAGAAAUUUCAGAGAGGGGACGCCAAUUCAUCACCGAGCACUUGCAGAUGGAGGAUGUCUCUUGCUACUGGGAGCAUCUGCUGUCUGAAUAUUCCCAAGCCUUGACUUACAAAGUGAAAAGGAGGAAGAGCUACAGCGAGAUCACUUCUGAAUGGCUGAAAACAGAACUGUAGAGACUGCCCUGUUUUUCUCUUCAGCUCAAACUGAUCUCUGUGGAAAUCUGAAGAUCAGUGUAUCUUCUUUCUUGUUCUCUCAGACUUCUUAUCCUUUACGCUAGAACUACAGAGAACAGCAAUAGGCUAACUUUGAAACUGCUCCCAUACAGUGGGACCCGGUUAUGUUGUCGUCCUAAGAGCGUUAAGUAGAAUGUUGAAUUAUGGCUAGCUAAUGGGGUGGUUGUGCUCGUCUCUGGAAGAGGGUUGUUAGCAUUUGGGACUUAGUUACUGCCUGUCUCAGAACGACCCUAAAUCCCGUUCAAUCAACGAGAAGCCUUUCUGUUAAUUUUACUGGACUUUUUACCAAGUCCUCCGUACUCGUGAGCAAGGUACACAGACUGUCAGCUACACUCAGCUGGGAGAUACACGCCCCCUUUUUUGUGGAUGGUCAAUGUUGUCUCACCUGUGUGACAGCACAUGGGAUAUUAGGUGUUCUCUGACAGAAGCAGGUGCUGGGAUUUGGGGUAACCUUUUUAGACAUCUUAGAGCUUAGUUUUCUGAUGUUUAUGGCAGGUUUUUAAAGAGGUUGAUGGUAAGGCUUUGAUGUGCCAUUGAAAGGACAAACGUCCUUGCACAGUUAACUACCUACCUCAUGGGGGAGCGGCCGGUGAUGAUGAUGUUGCCACAGUGCUAAGCCUGAGUAGCCGACAGUCAAGCAGUUGGCAGCUGAGGUAAAGACGGUUCAUCCUCCGACGGAUGAGCUGGGUGCCUGCACAGCCAUGCAGAACUGAGCCCCUAUCAACAACCUCUCCCCAGUCGGCUGGCCAGACAACCUUAAGAACCCAGAGAAAGUAUACGCAGAGUUAGUCAGCUCUUCUUUUUUUCCCCCGAUGUUCACAGAUUCUCUGCUCUGGUCCCCUUCUGUGAUCCUUCUAGGGUUGGUUUUUUGUUGUGGGUUUUUUUUGAGCCUGGUAACACGUCUGCUCACUUCAGUUUUCGCUUUUCUUUCCCACAGCUGUUACACUCCUUUUCUCAUGUCCUUCAGUCUGGUUGAGGGAAUGUCUUCAGCCACACAGUGGCAGCUACUCCUCACGUUAACUUUGAGUUCAGCCACAGGUUGCUUGUGCUCGCUGUAUUUGUGCCCACUACAGGCUGCUCAGCUCAGAGGGAGUGCAAUUUCUGAAAUGCUCUGUGGCCCCUGAGUUGAGGGGCCUGGUAGGAAGCAGCAUCUUCUCUGGCAUCCAGACAGGUGCUCAGAAGAGCGUGGGCAGCAGCACGGGAUGCCAGGAGGGCCGCUGCCUCCCGGAUGAGCACCCUUGACAAUAAAGCAGCCUCAAGGCGUAGGAAGUGGCACAUUAAUGGAAGAGAAAGAUAGCAACAGCUCGUGGUCUCUGCAGUCAGCUUGGAUCAGAGAAGAAGAAAACACUACAAGGAACGAUAACGCCAAGUGCACCUACACGCGUACGCACUCACACAGAGGCCUCGCAGCACUGCCAGGCCCUGGUACAGGGACGUAACUGCCAGACCUGUUCGUCAAGCGCCGGUUGCUGGAGCAGCACGCUGGUUACGUGACUGGCACCUGGGUUAUCCCAGCCUGCAAAGGAAACAAAUCGGGGUAUUUCUGAGGAAAAGAACUGUGCAAGAGUGGAAGGGGUUUUCUGGUUUUGUAUUUUUAGCCAAUGGAGGGACAGCACUCUGAGAAACUGAAACAGCUAUGUAUAAUAUUUUUAAACAGUUUUUAAUGUGCUUUUGGAAUAAAACAAAUGAAAAUGAAGUUUUGUUGGAUGCAUCAUCACUUAGUCAGAACUGUAAUAAAAGAUCUGGAUAGCCCCCAGCUGUGUCCCCAAAGGCGGUGAAGCGUGUCCUGUUUUUUCUCUUCCACAGUAAUAUGUGGGCUGUCUCUGUUUCCAGUCUCGGGUCACCGUGGCCGGAAACUUCCUCUGGUCAAGCGCCUG